GGGCUCCCGGCGCCGAGCACGUGCGCUUUGUUUUGCAACGCGAUGACGUCACGCGCAGACCGUAGACCGGAAGCAAUUUGAAUUUGCGUCUAGUAAACACGACAGGGAUACGUGCAAGUCACAUACACCACGAUAUUUAAAAAUGGGUGUGAAAGGUCUUCAGUCCUUUAUGGAGCGCUGCUGUCCAGAAGCCUGUGUGACCGUGAACCUGAGAGAAAUGGCCAGACAACAUGCUGCCAGAAGCCAACAAGACUGCACAUCCUUAGCCAACACUCCCAGCCCCACUCUCGUUGUGGAUGGCAUGGCCUGCCUGCGACACUGGUACUCAUGUAAGGACUGGGUGUGUGGAGGGCAGUGGAGAGAGUACAUGGAUGUGUUGAAGAGCUGGGUGGAGGCCUUCACCUCAGCAGGCAUCAGACUGGUCUUCUUCUUUGAUGGGGUGGUGAAGGAGCAGAAGAGACACGAAUGGGUGAAAAGGAGACGCAGAGUAAACGGGGAGAUUUCUAAAAUAUUUCAUCACAUGAAGACUCAUGGAGAGCAGCCUGGUAGAGAGCUCUUCUGUCUUCCUUCGGGUCUGGCAACUUUCACAAGCUUUGCUCUGAGGUCAUUGGGUCAGGAAGUGUUUAGCUCAGUACAGGAGGCAGACUAUGAGAUUGCCAGCUAUGCUCGUCAGCAUGGCAGUCUGGGCAUUCUGGGACAGGACUCAGACUUCGUCAUAUACGACAGUGCCCCCUACUUGUCUGUGGCAAAGCUGCGGACAGACAGCCUCACUACUGUCCUGUACGACCGACAGAGGCUUUGCUGUACCAUUGGAUUGGCUGUUACCCAGCUGCCACUGCUGGCGUGUCUCCUAGGUAAUGAUGUGGUGUCUGAGGAGAAGAUGCAGCACAUCAGGAACGAUGCCAUGGCAACAUACAGGUUAAACAAUCCUUCUCCACACUCUGGAGCUCCUCAGGGGCAGAUGGUGCUAGCUGUAUCCCAUCUUGUGAGCUCCUUGUGCGGCAGAGGGCAGGACGAGUCAGGGCUCAUCCCUCAGUCUUUGAAUCUGUCAGCUCCUCACAGAGAGCUCCUGAAGAGGGGUAUUUGUUCCUACAUACUGCCUGGACAGGAGGCUCCUCAACGAGGUGAUAUCUCCUCACUUCCCUCUGCUCCAGCCUUUGAGAAAUAUGUUAGUCCAGAAAUAAUAAAGGCCUGUAAAGAGCAGCAUGUAGCAGUGGAGGGUUUCAUGGUUUACUGCGUUGUGUGGGAAGGAGUCAAUGAAUGUAGCAACACUCUGGAGGAUGAGGAGGACACUGAAUUGCUGCCCCAGGCUCUGGUCUACAAACCCUGCAGGCAACUCAUCUAUGGGCUGCUGCUGCUCCAGGGGCAUGAUGGCAACAGCGUCAACCUUCCAGCAAUAAGAGAAUGGUUUGUCUUUCCUGGAAACUCUCUGCAGGAACCUGACAUGGUCCAGCCUGUCCCUGUCAGCCUCCCAUGUGAUCAGCCCAGUCUGGACUUGUUAUGGUUCGGUUCUGGUCCUGAAGUUUCUGCUCUUCGUCUGAAGUGCUUCCUUUCAAUUUUUGACAGCCAGGAGUUCUCUGAGUUGUAUGGAGCUGUUGAAGACUCUCUGCUGGCUGCUCUCUGCCUGCUCACUUACAUAGUCUUACAGGUGCAAACUUUGUCUGAAGAGGACUUGGAUGCUUACCUGAGUCAGGCUGUGUGUCUGAGACUAAAAUCCUCUCAGGAGCUUCAACAGAUCGAGCUGCCUUUCCUCUCCAGUCGUGCGGUGCAGCUGGGAUCCCUCUACGUCCGAGGACUGAGCCACCUGCUGGGUGCUAACUGUGCCAGCGGCUGCCCGCUGCCCAGCGCCGCCCUGAUGCCUUGGCACAGCUUCGAUGGACGGCUGUUCCACUCAAAGUACCUGCUGGCACAUAGCGGGGUGGAGAAAACUGUGUUGCUGGAAGGCGAUUCAUCAUGUUUGUCUCAGUUUCUCUGCCUGAGAGAGAGACUUAUAGAAACCUGCAGGAAGCGGGGCAGAGUCCUGCAGUCCAGACCCAUGGUGCCAGAACAAAGUCAUAAAACUGCAUCAGGGGCAGGAUUCAGAGGAAGACACACAGGUGGUUGUGAGAGGUGGAAGGAAAGAGGGGAGAUGACACAAAGCCCUCGACACAGAGGAGGAUGGUGGGGAAGAGGGGAGGCGAGAGGAGACCGAAGUGAACAUGAAGACAGGGGGAGACCGUGGGAGGGAGGAGGACACAGAGGAGGAGGCCAACAUUUUCACCCUCAUUCGUAUCGUGACUUCUGCGAUGGAGAACCGCCAAACAUGAGCCGUCCUCCAAAGCAGUCCAGAGGUCGAUUGCACCACAGAAGAGGGAGAUACCAGCUGGCUCCGAGAUGGUCGCAGCCUCCUGCACCAGGAACUUAAGAGGAGAGAAGAGGAGGAUUAGAGGGGAGGAUUUGAAGAGUUAAGAGGAUGGGAAAGACAUGAUGAAAGGAGCGAAGGAAUCAAAUUUCUCUGAACAAACUGAUUAGUGAAUUAACCGCCAGGAAUGUUUGUCCAAAGGAUGCUGUGAGUAGAGAAAUGGGGAUCAAGAGGAGGCAGAGUGAAGAGAUUAGCGAAACAUCAUUUAAUUUGCGAGUUUAACUUUAAAUUGAUGGGUUUUUUUGGACAUACUUUUGAAUUCAAUAAUUUAAAGCCUCUCCUUCGUCUCAGGGCAACUUCCCUGUCUUACUGCAAAUAAAAAUGGAGAAUGUGUGUGAGCACUCACAAAACAAACAGAAAUGAGCCUCUUCAGUCAUGCACUGAGAAGUGGAUUAAUGCUUAAUCCUCAAGCCUGUUUUUACCUCUUAUCUGUGGCAAUAAAAAGAGCAAAGAUCUUAAAAGCCGAGUGUAUCCAGUGGCAUAAUCCUUUUAAAGGACUGGAGAAACUGUAAUGCUGGUAUCGGAUUUCAGCUGAAAGAGUCGGGCAACAGUACGAGAGAUUUACACACUUCUAGUAACUGAUUCUAAGAGCCGUUUGUGAAGACAGUGAAGCAACAUGAGUUCCUGCUUUUGAACAUGAGUUGUAAUGUAAUGGAAACUAAUAAAAACAAGAGGAUUAUA